ACAAAUAUUCAGUUUACACUCACCACUCAUUCAACAACUUAUUAGGGUUUCGUAAUUUGGCUUUUCUUCUCUUCUCAACACUCAACAACUCUGUCUCAGGUACGAUUUAUCCACGACAUGUUGUUCCCGACGCAGCUUUAUUUGCCUCCUAGGGUUUCUUUUAUUUUACUUAUUAGGGUUUACCGGAUUGGCGAUAUGGUACUGAAUCUAUGAAGCAAAAACUUAGCUAUGGACAUUGUAUACGACAUGGACAUGGAUACAUCGACACCGAUGAUGAUUUUAAAAAAUAACAUAAUUCAAUGUAAUCAUAUUUGUCGCGACACCGAAACAUGCCUAGUACGAGGAGUACAUAUUGGUCUUUCGUUGAAUUCUGAUAUGGAAGUUCUAUCAUGCACUACUUUUUUGUUUCUUUCUUCAUUGUAAACUUUAUGAUUGGGUGGGUAAUCAAUGAUUAUUAUUAUUAUUGUUGUUCAUGCUUCUUGGUUGGUUGAUGUUAUGAAGUUUGGAUGAGGAACCCUCAAAGCCGCGUCAAAAUGCAAAGUGGCGGCUAAACAUGAGAAAACGUGUUUCAUUUAACUUGCUUUUAUAGCAUUUGUGUUUGACACUUUUUGUUUUCUAGAAUACACUUCGGAUAUUCUACAAAGAGUUCAAAGGGUCAUGCAUAGCAACGUUGUGUCUCCUAGGUCGUCUUUAUGAAUGUAAUGUUUAAGAGGAUUGGUUUUGUCAUUCCCAAAGGUUUAGAAGCCAUGUUGCCUGCCUGCUUCUAAUUCCUGUGUUACUAUCUAAAAUGGGAUGAAACUAUUAGAUUUCUGCUGAGGAACUGCUUGUUUUUUGUAUGAGAAGGAGUAAUGGAUACAGUGGCUGAUUAUUUGGGACGAUUUUAUUGGAAUCUUGUAGGUUGUUUUUGUGAGAGAGUAUCAUCAUCAUCGUCAUGGAUAGUAGCGGUAGAACAACUAAACCUACAACCAUUAAUACAACAUGCACCUACUGGCUUGCUGGGAGAUGCAACAGAAACCCUUGUAGGUUUCUUCACAGUCUAACACCAACCAAUGCUGCUGCCAACACUGGAUAUUAUAAUGCUGCAAGGAAGCGCCAUUUCGCUUAUGGCCCAUCCACUGCUUCUUCUAAUGCUUACACCAACACUGAUGCUGCAAGGAAGCGUCACUCAUCCUAUGUGUAUGACAAGAACUCCGACAUGGACUUGAAUACAAAGACCAAAGACAACAAAGACAAGAAACAAGUUAAUGAGGCUUCCCUUCCCAAACAUAACACUGAGAUGGUUACAAAGACCGUUACACAAGUCGAUGAUGCUUCCCUUCCCAAGCAUAAUACUAAGAAAGUCUUGAAUACAAAGAUGGAAGAUGACGUAGACUCUGCUACACAAGUCACUCAUGCUUCACUUCCCAAACAUAAUACUAAGACCGCCUUGAAUACAAAGACAGGAGAUAACACAAACACUGCUGCACAAGUCACUGAUGCCUCCAUUGCCAAACAUAAUACUAAGAUGGCCUUGAAUACAAAGACAGGAGAUGACACACACGCUGCUGCACAAGUUACAGAUGCUUCCCCUCCCAAACAUAAUACUAUGACCCUCUUGAAUACAAAGACAAGAGAUGACAUAAACACUACUGCACAAGUCACCGAUGCCUGCCUUCCCAAACAUAAGACUAAGACGGCCUUGAAUACAAAGACAGGAGAUGGCGCAAACGCUGCUACAUUAGGACAUGAGAAGUUUAUCACCCGAAUGACAAUUCCGGAUGGAUCAGACAAACUUUAUUCUGGAAGUAGCGAUGGGACACUUCGCACAUGGGACUGCCAAACUGGUCUCUGUGUUAAUGUGAUGAAUCUUGGUGCUGAAAUUACCUCUUUGAUCAGCAAGGGCCCAUGGAUUUUUGUUGGUUUGACGAACACUGUCAAGGCAUUUCAUAUUCCGACUUCUUCACAAUUUACUCUUGAUGGAACUAAGGGGCGAGUCCUUGCCAUGACUGUUGCCAAUGAUACACUUGGCAAUGAUAUACUCUUAGCCGGAGCAGAGGAUGGUAUAAUUUCUGCAUGGAGAAGCAGCUCUGAGGCCAAUUCCCCUUUUAAACUGGUUGCCUCACUAUCUGGCCACACUAAAUCUGUUGAUUCCCUCACUGUUGGGGGCCUCAAGACGCUGUUCUCCGGAUCCAAGGAUCAAACCAUUAAGGUUUGGGAUCUUGACACAUUUGAGUGUAAAAUGACACUCAAUGCACAUACAGACGCAGUCAUGAAUGCAAAGACCAGAGGUUACAAAGACACAACACAAAUCGUCGUCGAGCCUUCGGUUCCCAAACAUAAUACAGAGAUAGUCUUCAAUAGCAAGCCUGAAGGAGAUGAUAGAGACACUAGACAAGUUGUUGAGGCUUCCCUUCCCAAACAUAAUAUUGAGACGGACUUGAAUAGAAACCGUGGACGAGAUCAAGUCAUCGAGGCUUCCAUUCCCAAACAUAAGACUGGAGAUGAAAGAUAUGAGGCACAAGUCGUUGAGGCUUCGGUUCCCAAACAUAAUACUGACACAGUCUUGAAAAGAAAGCCUGAAGAAGAUGAAAGAGACACUAGACAAGUUGUCGAGGCUUCCCUUCCCAAACAUAAUACUGGUGAUGAAAACGAGACACAAGUCGUCGAGGCUUCUCAGAAUUCUUCACCAAGUAUCUGCAAGUACUGGGUGAAUGAUAGCUGUGUUCAUGGUGAUCAGUGCCAGAAUUUACAUUCGUGGUUUUAUGGUGAUGGGUUUGCCACAAUAGCAAAACUUCAAGGACACAAGAAGCUUAUCACUGGAAUAACAAUUCCCAAUGGAUCAGACAAGCUUUAUUCUGGCAGCACUGAUGGUACACUUCGGACAUGGGAUUGCCGUACUGGUCAAUGUGUUAAUGUGACGAAUCUUGGCACUGAAGUUACCUCUUUGAUCAGCAAGGGUCAGUGGAUUUUUGUUGGUCUGCCAAACACGGUCAAGGCAUGGCAUAUUCCGACUGCAUCGCAGUUUACUCUUGAUGCACCUAGGGGGCGAGUCCUUGCGAUGACUGCUGGCUAUGAUACACUCUUAGCCGGAGCAGAGGACGGUGUAAUCUCUGCAUGGAGAGGAAAUUUUAAAUCCAAUUCCCCUAUGGAACUGGUGGCAUCACUAUAUGGCCACACUAAAUCUGUUGUUUGUGUUACCAUUGGAGGCGUCAAGACGCUUUACUCGGGAUCCAAGGAUCAAACCAUUAAGCUAUGGGACCUUGACACAUUUGAGUGUACAACAACACUCAAUGCACAUACAGACGCAGUCACGUCCCUUAUUUGUUGGGACAGAUACUUGUUAUCCGGUUCAUCUGAUUUCACCAUCAAAGUCUGGUAUAAAAACGAAGAGGGGGCUUUGGAAGUGGCAUAUUCACACAAUGUGGAAAAUGGUGUUGUUGCACUCUCUGGGAUGACCGAUCCAGAUGAUAAGCCUAUAAUAUUCUGCUCUACCAGAGACAAUUUAGUCCACCUAUUUGAAAUGCCGUCAUUUGAAGAGAGGGGUAGAUUGUUUGCAAAGCAAGAAAUUGGAUUAGUUGAUAUAGCCCCCGGUGGAGUCUUCUUCACUGGAGACGGAACUGGUUUACUGACAGUUUGGAAAUGGUUGGAAGAGUACAAGGUUGUAGCCUCCUCUUGACUAACGUUAACAAUGUUGAUUGCGGGAUAGCAUGUUAAUAUACGGAUUUAUAUUCAUGUUAUGGCAGAAUUCUAAGAUUAGGUGGGAUGCAUUUUGGAUUGUUUAACAUUUUUUGAAACUGUUUUUAACUUGAAGGAAUUCCCUGAAUUUUGUUCAAAAGCACACUGCUUUAUGCAAUAACUCUCCGUGCUCCUGAGACUGAUUCCUUGAAUGACACAAGUAGUAAGCUAGCAUAUCUGAAUUGGUUAAGGGAAUAGUUCAAGUUUGGAGGAGGGCUGUAAAAAUCUGAGUAAAAAGAGGCAUUACCUAAAAAUUGUAUAAAAAAAAGUUCGUGUGCCCGAAACUGGACGAACAGUUCCUGUGCCUGAAACUGGAGGAACAAUACAAAAAGUUCGUGUGCCCGAAACUGGACGAACAGUUCCUGUGCCUGAAACUGGAGGAACAAUAAAAAAAGUUCCUGUGCCCGAAACUGGAGGAACAUGUUUAGAGUGUGCUCCUCAGAACAGCUCCCACCAGUAAACCUUUGAAUUUUGACUCGGAAUCAUGGGAAGGAUAUGCUAGUAAGCUAAUUGGAUAAGUUCAUCGAUAGGUAAUGGAGUUAAUUCUAUUUUUGUAUGAGGCAGAUCACACACACACACAAAGUUUAUAGGGAAUCAUGUCAGGUUAAUCGCAUAACUGUGCCAAUUUUCUAAUUCAAAAUCACUACCUGGUUCUGAAAUUCUGCCAUAAAAUGAAUAUAGUCAGUAUCUUAACAUGCUUUUAUGCAAUCCUUUAGUUAACAAUGUCAAUGUAAUGUGAGUGAUCCUUUCAGUAUUAGGCAGAAGGUCACACAAGUCAAUGUAUUCAAAAAUACUGAUUGUAAAAACAAGUUAUGUAUAUAUGAAAGAGCAAUUUCAGUUCCAUUUUUCGCUCU